CACUCGUGAGAUCCAUCGAGCCGCGACGAUCUCUCGAUCGGCAUUGAAUCGGGAUCGACCAACAACGUGAUCGUCUCUAACUGAAACCUCUGUAUCACGUGUUCGCCAUGCCGUGGAAGGGGGUGUUACAGCUGCUGGUGCUGCAGGGAUCCUUGGCCGUCCUUGUCGCCGGAAAAUCCGUACCGCGAGUGAUCGACAAAGACUUCUCCCGACACGAUACCGUCGAAGAGAACGAUCAUGACUUCAGGACCGUUCCAUUCAAUCUGGAGGAGACUUACGACCAAAGUUUCCGGGCGAACGGGUUCAACGGUACCUGGAGAACGGACACGGACAUUCUUUAUACCGAUAACUAUGCCGGUGACGUUCGUACAUUCGAUGUGACGUCGGGGAUCAGCAGAACCUUCAUGGAUUCGUCGAUCGUGAGCUCUUACGACAAGCCACUGAUGACCUUUUCCCACGACAACUCGUACAUUCUGAUCAGCUACGAUUUCACCGCCGGCUUCCGGUACUCGAUGCAUCAGAAGUUCGACGUUUACAGCGUGGAACACAAAACCUACACGAAGAUCGCGGAUGGAAGACGUAUACCGUUGGCGAAAUGGUCGCCGAAUAAAAACGCAUUGGCUUACGUUUUGGACAACGAUAUUUAUUACCAAGAGUUCACCGAUAGCAGCGGCCAUGCUCGACGAUUAACGCACACCGGCGUGCCCGAUGUCGUUUAUAACGGCGUGCCUGAUUGGGUUUACGAGGAGGAAGUGCUCGCAUCAGCGGUGGCCCUCUGGUUCUCCCCCGAUGGAAAUCACCUCGCUUUCGCGACCUACAACGACACCAGGGUGAAAGAUAUGUCGAUCCUAUAUUAUGGGAAGCCAGGCAUUUUGGUAGAUCAGUAUCCCACGGAAGUGAAGAUCAAGUAUCCGAAGGCGGGCAGUCCAAAUCCAAUUGUAACCCUAAGCGUCGUUGAUUUGGCUAAUCUGACCUCCAAAUUGGUUAAUCUCCAGCCACCCGCUGACAUCGUUGGCGUUGACAACGUUCUGUACACGGUGAAUUGGUGGGGCAAGGACCACGUGGUGGCCACCUGGACGAAUCGAGUGCAGAACAUGGCCCAAUUGGUGCGCUACGACACUUCGGGCAAAGCUGACGACAUCCUCUAUCAGGAGGAGCACAGGGGCUGGCUGCGUGUACAGCCACCGGUCUACCACAAUCAAUACGCUGUGGUUCUGAAGCUGCAGAACUCUGGCACGAACGCUGGACGAUUCCUCCAUGCGACCAGAUACGAGUACAAGGGCGGCAGAUUGAUCAGGGAGAAGGAUUUGACACCGGGCGCGACCGAGGUGAUUAGCAUCGUGACUGUGGAUCAUGUGAGGCAGCUUUUGUACUACCUGGGAACAGGGGUGGGUCAACCCUCGCAGAGAAAUUUGUACUUGGUGCCUUUGGAUGGCACCGAACCACCUGAAUGCGUGUCCUGUAACGUCCUCUCUCCUGAAGGAAACUCUUGUACCUACGCCUCUGCGUAUUUCUCCUCGGACUGUUCGUACUAUGUGCUGGCCUGCGCGGGACCAGAUCCGACGACCGUGUCGAUCUUCGACGCCGAACGCAGGCUGCUCUACUCUUGGGAGAAUAAUCGAUCCCUGAGACGAAGAUUGCUAGCUCGUACCCAGCCGCGUGUCAUGAAUUUAGACGUGAGAGCGAACGGUUACGACAGCAAGGUCAGACUUUACCUGCCGCCCGAUUUCGAUGAGAGGAAUUCAUAUCCCCUGCUGAUCAACGUAUAUGCCGGCCCGAACACCGUAAGAAUCACUGAGUCGAACACUCACGGCUUCGAGUCUUAUAUGGCGACCAAUAGGAGCGUCAUUUACGGUCACAUCGACGGCCGCGGGUCCGCAUAUAAGGGCAGCAAGAUGCUGUUCGAGAUUUAUCGGCGGAUGGGCACCGUGGAAAUCGAAGACCAGAUAGCCGUCACACGGUAUUUACAAGAGACCUAUCCAUGGAUCGACGCGAACAGAACCGCGAUAUGGGGUUGGAGUUACGGAGGCUUCUCCACGGCCAUGGUUUUGGCUACCGAUAUGGAUUCGGUGUUCAAAUGCGGCAUCUCAGUGGCACCUGUUUCUUCCUGGAUUUAUUAUGGUGAUUACGCUACAGACCGGUUCAUGGGUCUGCCCACACCGAGCGACAACCUGUACGGUUACAACCACACGGACGUGACCAGACGGGUGGAGGGUAUCCGUGGCAAAAAGUACAUGUUGAUACACGGAACGGGGGAUGACAACGUCCACUACCAACAAGCGAUGGUCCUGAACAAGGCUCUGGUGCAGAGGGACAUCAUGUUCGAGCAACAGACGUACACUGACGAGGCGCACGGUCUGACCGGGGUCUCGCCUCACCUUUACCACACCAUGGACCGAUUUUGGGGCGAUUGCCUCGGAUACACGUCACGUGUCUCCAGGAUUACUACGGAUUCAGGUGACUCAGUGGGCAUUGCUCGAUCAGCAAUACUCGCAUAGACGAUCCAAAUGGUUCGUCCAGCCUAAAAUCUGGCCCUUGUCCUUCGAACGAUUUUCCAUGGAUUCCGUGGAUCGUUGCGAUCAGAGAAUCCACUUCAGCCAACCACGACGGCGGAAUUAUCGAUUCGUGGAGAUCGAAACACGGGAGUAUCGUCGUGCAGGGGUUGUCAGAAUAAUGAGACUUUCAUGGAAAUGUAAAUGUUACUUUUAAACGGGUGAACCCUUUUGGUGCAAAACAGUAGGGUGAUAUGAAGGACACGUGGGUGCAGAAGUGAAAGGAAAUACAUACAGUAUACGUACAAUUAUUUAAAUGUAGGAUUUGUACAGGGUGGUACAAAAAAGUAUUCGCCUGAGGAUGAAAAGAAGUCCUAACAAACAUGGGUCGAAGGAUUAAUAGUUUCAAAGUUAUGAAGAAAUUUUUGUAUCGUACUGAUUGCUCUCGAUGUCAGUCGUUUUAAUCGAAACGAAUAAUUGUUUAUAACUUUGAAAUAUUAAUCUUUCAACUACAUGUUUGUUAGCACUUUUUUUCAUCAUUUGGCGAGUACUGUCUACCCUACAAGUUGUGAACCCUUUUUUUUGUAUCACCGUGUAAAAGAGUGAUUAAUAAUUUAUGUCUAAGUGCACUUAAUGACAAAUGAAAGAAGGUAACAGAAUCCCCAAGAAUAUAUUUGCCGUCAUGGAUAAGUGGUUCAAUGGUUUAAAUUUACUAUAAUUGUUUCGGUGAUAUUCAACGUGAAAUAAAGAACGAUUUUACAAUUUAGG